AUGAAACCAAUCCUGCUCUUAUCCGUCUUUUUAGGAGUCGUGUCGGGCGAGACUGGCAUUGAUGGAUGGCUCCGGUACGCUCCACUGCCCUCGAACAAGAUCAAAGGACAUGCCGACGCUAUACCGUCGAGAAUUGUGGUGUUAGGUAAAACGUCCGAUGGGCCUCUGGAUACUGCCGUGUCCGAGAUUCAAGAAGGAGUUUAUGGAAUUCUGGGCCGCAAAGUCAAGAUCGCUUCCAAGAACAACGCCUGCCAUGCCAAGGGCACGAUCAUCAUCGGAACGGCAAAGGCUUUUGAGUCGGCUUGUGGCGACCUCCCUUCCAAUGUGGAGCUCCAGGAAGAUGGAUUCUGGCUGAAGACGACUGCCAAUUCGGUGCAAAUCUUGGGCCAAAACGAAAGAGGUGCUCUUUAUGGUGCCUUCGAAUAUCUGUCCAUGCUAGGGCAGGCGAACUUCUCUCAAGUGGCCUAUGCUACGAACCCUAGUGCUCCGAUCCGAUGGGCCAAUCAAUGGGAUAAUCUCAACGCCAGCGGUACGCAUGGGAGCAUUGAGCGUGGAUACGGCGGACCAUCCAUCUUCUUCGAUGGGGUUGGGCAUAUCAAGGAUGAUCUAUCCCGUGUCCCUCUUUACGGCCGGCUGCUUGCUUCCGUGCGAAUAAACGGUAUUGUGAUAUCUAACGUGAACGCGGAUCCUACACUUCUCAACAAAGACAACUUGGAGGGCUUACGGAAAAUUGCCGAUUUAUUCCGGCCAUGGGGAGUUCAAGUGGGAAUGUCGCUCAAUUUUGCAUCGCCGCAAUCCCUGGGAGAGCUUGACACAUUUGAUCCCUUGGAUGAGUCGGUCAUCUCUUGGUGGACUGCCAAGACGAACCAGAUCUACAAACUGAUACCCGAUUUUGUGGGUUAUCUCGUCAAAGCGAACUCGGAGGGUCAACCGGGACCACUGACUUACAACCGGACACUUGCUGAUGGAGCGAAUCUGUUUGCCAAGGCAGUCGAGCCUCAUGGCGGCAUCGUCAUGUUCCGUGCUUUUGUCUACGAUAAACUCGAUUGGAAUGACUGGCAUGCAGAUCGCGCCAAUGCCGCUGUUGAAUUCUUUGGCGACUUGGACGGCGAGUUCGAUGACAAUGUCGUCGUCCAGAUCAAGUACGGCCCCAUCGACUUUCAAGUCCGAGAACCCGCUUCUCCCCUGUUUGCCAAUUUGCGCAAAACCAGCAUGGCGAUAGAAUUGCAGAUAACGCAAGAGUAUCUUGGACAGCAAUGUCACUUGGUGUAUCUCCCGCCGCUGUGGAGAACGAUCUUCGACUUUGACAUGCGUGUGGAUGGGAAAGAGUCCAAGGUCCAAGACAUCAUCACCGGGAAAGUCUUCAACCGCAAGCUGGGUGGAUAUGCAGGCGUCGUCAAUGUUGGCACAAACCAAACUUGGUUGGGUAGUCACCUGUCUAUGUCUAACCUGUACGCCUUUGGGCGUCUGGCUUGGAAUCCCUCUGCCGACUCGGUUUCGAUACUCCAAGAUUGGACGCGCCUUACGUUUGGGCUUGAUAGCAAAGUCCUCGAAGCCAUCACCAGCAUGUCCAUGGAAUCGUGGCCCGCAUACGAGAAUUACAGCGGAAACCUUGGUAUCCAGACGCUGACGGAUAUUCUGUACACGCACUACGGCCCGAAUCCUGCGUCCCAGGACAAUAAUGGGUGGGGACAAUGGACACGAGCAAAUGGGCAGAGCAUCGGCAUGGACAGGACUGUCUCGAAUGGAACUGGAAAUGCAGGGCAGUAUCCAGACGAGGUGGCGGCCAAAUUUGAAAGUCCGGAGACGACAGCCGACGACUUGAUGCUUUGGUUCCAUCAUGUUCCGUAUACAUUCAAACUCCACAGCGGCAAGACGGUCAUCCAAAGCUUUUACGAUGCACACCAUGAAGGCGCCGAAACUGUGCAGGACUUUCAGUUUGUUUGGGAGUCUCUCAAAGGCAAGAUUGACAGCGAACGCUUCGAACAUGAGCUCUAUCGAUUGCGCUAUCAGGCGGGCCAUUCGAUCGUCUGGCGCGAUGCCAUCAAUGAAUUCUAUCGCAACCUCUCGGGUAUCCCUGACAAGGCUGGUCGAGUGCGUCACCAUCCUUACCGAAUUGAGGCCGAGUCAAUGGACCUGGACGGAUAUAGCAUUACUGCAGUUGAGCCUGCAGAGACAGCCUCCAACUAUACAGCAAUCAUCACCAACGGUACGGGAACUGCUUCGACCAAACUUCGGUUUAAGGAUGGGAGGUACAACAUUGCUGUGAAUUAUUAUGAUGUAAUUGGAGGUCGUUCUACAUGGGAGUUAUACAUAAAUGCUCGAAAGAUCGGCGGGUGGAAAGGUGAUAUGGAGGAUAAACUAGGCCACGCGCCGAGCGAUUUCCUGGAUGGGCAUUCUGCGACACGCAUCACGUUUCGAAAUGUCAAAAUUUCGAAAGGCGACACACUACUCAUCAAGGGGAAGGCUGACGGGACUGAGAAGGCUCCGUUAGAUUAUGUUGCUCUUUUGCCAGAGGGUGUGAUUGAUUGA